AUGGCCGACUCAGGUCUCCCCGCAGGAUGGGAAGUUCGUCAUUCGAAUUCCAAGAACCUUCCCUACUAUUUCAACCCCUCAACCAAGGAGUCUCGCUGGGAGCCACCAGCAGACACUGAUACCGAGAAGCUGAAGGUCUAUAUGGCCCAGCACCACACCCCCGCAGCUCGUGCCGACUCUUCUGGCCAAGCCGAAGGCAAGAUCCGCUGUAGCCACCUGCUUGUGAAGCACCGCGACAGCAGACGCCCCAGCAGUUGGCGAGAAGCUGAGAUCACCCGAUCAAAGGAGGAGGCCAUUGAGAUUCUGAGGGGCCACGAACAGCGCAUCCAGUCUGGGGAGACCACUCUGGGGGACCUUGCGGUAUCGGAAUCCGACUGCAGCAGCGCCCGGAAGAAGGGAGACUUGGGUUUUUUUGGUCCUGGUGAGAUGCAGAAGGAGUUUGAAACUGCCGCUUUUGCGCUACAACCAGGCCAGGUCAGCGGGGUGGUUGAGACGGCCUCUGGAGUCCAUCUCAUUGAACGUGUCCAGUAA